UAAUACACAAACUAAAAAACUGCUCAGAAACCAAUAAGCCUAUCCAAACAUCCUCCAAUUCUCCUCAUUCUUACACUCCACUCAAGACUGAAGCUGAACUACCUAAAUCUGGCGACACAAACUUCCGGUAUGGAGUCCAACGUCGAUGCAACCGACGGCGAGACUGUAAUUCUCAACUGCAUCGACCCCAACGCCUCCAGUCUACACGAAGAUAACGAAGAGAUUGUCAUUUCAACAGUUGAAGUCAGUCAAUGGGACUUAUCAUCACUUGCUCAUCGCCCAAUCAUUAAAAUUAAAGCUAAUCGGCAAAGGCUCGUUCAGCAGUCGUCAUAUUUUCACGGUCUAUUGUGUGGAAGCUUUAGUGAAUCUUGCUUCGACUCUAUAUCUAUUCAUUGGGACAUGGAGUCGCUUUUGAGCAUGUUGAGGUUUCUUUUUGGAUGUUCAUUGGACCUUACUUCAGAGAACUUCCUUCCGUUGUAUGAG